ACGUACUCGGCAAGCUCCUGCCGGCCUCGCAGUCUCGCCGCUUGCUGCGAUGAUGGGCCGACAUCUGCGCCCUGGCAGAGCGGCGGAUCUGAUCGUGAUCGUGCUCGUGCUCGUGCUCGUGCGCUCGCGGUCACUGACAGACAGACAGACACUGAUUGGUUCUAUCUUUGGACGACAAUUGACGGCUGAUGAGGACACCUGACAGGCUGCCUGACUGCAGACAUCGCAUAGCAAGGUAGCCGGGAGGAUUAGCGAGGAUGACCAGGCUGAGGAUCUACCUCCUCGGCCUGGGCUUUGUCCUCGCAUUGGCCCUGUUCAUGAUCUCGACCAUUGCGCCCGGCAACCUCGCACUCGAACUGUUUCAGUCCUUCUCUGCACUCACAACAUGCUCUGCUUGCUUCGGCGCUCUCCUGCCCUUGCGCACACUCGCACGAUUGGGCGACGACACCUUUACGGCCGCGCUCGUCAAGUUCUGCAUUGGAUUGGGCAUACAGGAUGAGCAGGUCUGCUGGGGUGCCCUCGGCCUACAAGCACCCGUCAUCGCUCACAGCUUGCGAAGCAUCUCUGUCACGGGCAGGACAGCAUCGCUCUUCUGUGCCAAGAUAUUUGGCCUUUGUCCUUACCCCAACAUUCUGCCUUAUCAAGUCCAGUUUCCUCGAGAGAAGCCUCUCAAGAGGCCUCAUGCCUUACCAGUAGCGCCAUUACAAGUCUAUCCUGGCGGCUUACUUGGCCCCGGCCCGCGUGUACGAAGAACCGGCAAGCGCGUCAGGUUCGUGCAGAUCAGCGACUUACACAUCGAUCGAUCCUACGUGCCCGGGUCCGAGGCCGAUUGCAUUCGUGUGAUCUGUUGUCGCAACUAUGGACCGGGCUCAGUAGGCAAGCUCGUCCAGACGCCUGCAGGUCCCUACGGCCAUGCCAAUUGCGAUGCCCCACCCAGACUUUUCGACUCUAUGAUCGAUGCUAUCGAACGUCUUGUGCCGGAUGCCGCCUUCAUCUCGUUUACAGGCGACGUCGUCGACCACGCCGUCUGGCUCUCUACAAAAGAGAACGUGCAGGUUGACAUCCUCGAAGCCUACGGGCAACUUUCACGCAAAUCCACUCGCCCCGUCUACGGUGUCGUCGGCAACCACGAUAUCGCGCCGACCAAUUCCUUCCCUCGCAAUACGUCUUUCGGCUGGCAAUCGCAGCAAUGGGAUUUCGACCUUCAUGCGAAUCUGUGGCGCGAAUGGAUUGGCGACGAAGCAGCAGCUACAGCGGCACGCAUGUUUGGCUGCUACGUCGUCAAAGAUGCAAAGACGGGCGUAAGGAUCAUCUCCAUCAACACAUCGUACGGAUACAAAGCAAACUUCUGGCUCUACGACUCAGAUCAGCAAUAUCCCGACCCGAACGGUCUGUUGGCCUGGAUCGUGCGAGAGCUUCAAGAUGCAGAGGAUGCUGGCGAACGAGUCUUGAUCACUGGUCACAUCUCUUCCGGCAAGAGUGACUACCUGCAUGACGCUAGUAACUACUGGGAUCAAGUCAUCCAACGCUACCGACAUACCAUCGUGGCACAGCUGUACGGGCACAGCCACCGGGCAGAAUUCGAGAUUGCUUAUUCGCAGCCUGCGCACAAGACACCCGAAACAGCCAGCUCAAUCUCGUUCGUCUGUCCUGCUCUCACGCCUCAGAGCGGGAAUCCGAGCUUCCGAGUGUACGAGAUGGACGAAGAAACAAAAGAGAUUAUGGACUUUACAGACUACAUUGCUAACCUCACAGCGCCAACCUUCCAGCGCGACCCCUUCUGGUAUCCGUACUACUCUGCUCGCGAGCUCUACGGAUCGAAACUUGAUCCACCGCUCGAGCCUGACCAACCUAUCGAUGCUUCCUUCUGGCACCGCGUGACUCAAGUAUGGGAGACCGACUUGCGCGCCUUUAGCACUUUCAUCAACAACCUCAGCAGGGGUGGCCAUGUCAGACGAUGUGGACCGAUAUGUCAUGCAAAAUGGAUCUGUCAUUUGCGCGCAUCACGAUCUCAAGACAAUUGCGACGCGAUCUCGCCCGGCUUGCACAUCGGAAAUUCCAACGAGACGAUAGGCGCGGGGCUAGUGGUACCUCCAGGUGAAGAAGAUCCAGAGGAAGACACGCACAUGGACGUUGCUCACAUCUUUCGCGAUUUCGCUCGACAUGCAUCUGCUCAGCGAUAUGAUGCCGCUCUCAUCUUGCCGCAGCUUGACCGCAGUAUCGCCACGAGCUGUAAGAAGGCCCCUCACUCAUAGACUUGGUUGUUGUACUCCCUUGCAGGACUGUAAUGCGAUACAAUACACAUCCACAGACGCUCUAC